CGUGGGAACCCGGGUGAACAUCUUGUUUUAUCAGUUGCCAAAAGCAAGUAAGAUCCUGUAAUAUGAGCGCCCGCUCGGCAUAUUUGUGUCAAAUACAGAUUUGCAAUGGGUUUCUAAUUGCUGCUGGUUUAUUAGCAGUAGGAUUGGCGGGAAGUCAAUUCUCAAAAGUUGGUUUAGAUAACUAUCGAGAUAUUGACUUUCGGUUACUGAACUUCAUCCAUGUAGUUACUGGAUGCAUUGGAUUUUACUCGUUGUGGAGGAAUCAUGGAAGUAUUGUAACCAAGUCACUUUAUUUAGUAUCUUUUGUGAUCGGAUUUGCUACUGCCGUAUUUUACGGAUUCACCACAUAUCGGGUUGUAAAAGCCGGCGAAAACUUGAAUCAACUUCAGUCAGCUGACGGAUUCAAUGAAGAAUUUCAAUCUGAGAACAGUAACUACGCUGGAAGAAUUGUCAUUUCAGCACUUAUGAUUGCGUCCGGAGCCGUUGCUUCAUUGUUCUCACUUUUCGCCAUCUUUCUUCUCAGUAAAAUUAUUGUUGUCACUAUUCCAGUAUAUCCAUUACAAUCAAGAGAACAAGAACUUGCAAUGAGCAGCGCAAAAAAGACAUUGGCCUCAAUUGGUUUGAUUAAAUUCAUUCUUGCUUUUGGAAUCCUCGGAUUAUGUGUAUUCAUUGAGUAUGAACACGAAAAUGUUGCUGGGCAAGACAAAUACAUCAAAAUUGGGCUUGAUCACAUCUCCGCCAUGUUGUGCAUUGUUAGCGGUGCCAUGGACAUCUGGGCAACCAAAGGAAAGAAUCAACAGAAUUUAAACUUAAAGGUUGCUCUCGCCGUAGCUGUCGUCGCAGCCACAUGGUGUCUGAAGACAGUUGAUAACAACGCCAUGCCAUUUUAUAAAAAUGACUUGAAAUUUUACUACCAGGGUCGCGAGGUCGGAGAUCCAUCAAUCACCUCAACUGAUGCUCCAAGAUACAUUUUGGUUGUGGCUCACGGAGUUCUUUUGGGAUGCUUUGGAAUUGCAUUUUUCCUUUCCACACUGUCAGCGGUUAUCGUUGGAACAUACCUACAUCUUGACUUCCACUCAAUGCAUACUGAAGUGAACAAGAGCAUCAAAAUUCAAACAGGAGUCCUCAAUGUUCUUCAUGUUUUCUGGGGUGCAUGUAUGCUAGCUUUGUGUAUUCUUGGACUUUUGGAUACUUGGUGGAGAGGAGAAUUCCUGGGAGCUGACCUUCUUUGGGUCUCGGUUCUUUUCAUGACAACUGGAUUGAUGACUUCCAAUAAUUACAGCGUGAUGAUCACAACAAAAUUCAUCCUCUCCGUCGUCUGCCUUGGAAUUUCAGUCGAAAAAAUGUGUGCCUCUGCCAAUCUUAUCUAUCAAAUGGCUGCUUACCCCGCAUACCGAAACGGAAACGACAGAACAUUUGUGGCGCAGAUCAUACUGUAUUCCAUUCAAGCUGGUAUUUAUCUUCUUGAAGCAUUGACAUCACUUGCUGGCUCCUAUCUUUAUGGAACUGAACUCAGAAAGCAGCCAAAUCUGACAUACCGACAUUCAAAUGGAGUUCAUGGAUUAUUCUCAUUGGGAACACUGUUUUAUGCCGUGGUUAUCACUGGAACCUACAUUGUGUUUGAACUUGGAAAAUGGAGAUACAAUGAAAUUCCAAUCGAAGUGCCGUUCUUCAGACUUGGAAAUGGGCCACUUGCUGGUGCAGUAUUUAUUGUUCAAUUCCUCUGUAUUCCGUUCCCAAGUCUCUUGGCAUCUGCUUCAAUCUUAAACAUUAUCAUUGCUUCGAUAUCUUUGUUCACGGUAUCUUCGGCAAUUACCAAUGUUUACUAUUUGCAACGGUACUUGCAAGCAUCUGACCUUUUGCCGACGACUGAAACACAGCAAACAAUCUAUCAGGUUGCUAUCAUUCUCGCCGCCGGUGCAGCUCUCGCGUGUGUCAUCUGCACUGUUUGCGCAAUCAUUUGCUCGCUAAGAUCCUCUUACAUUCUCCAUCAUCGGUCUACCUCACCAGAUAGCACCGUUGUCGCUCCGCUUGGAGAAGAGCAGUUUGGAAGCGGAACUUUGAGAGUUGGAACACAUAUGAGGACACCUUCACGACCCUUCCACCCACAACAAAGCCCGGCCGGAGGAGGCGUUCAGCCAAUGGAAGAGCAAUCAGUUUACUGGAGUGCUGACGAAAAUCCAUUUUAUUAUCAUACUUCGAAACGAUUUUAUGGAAAACCUUAUCAAAUUGAGUCUGGAUUUUAUGGAUAUGCGCUAGCUGGAAGUGGAAGUGGGCAGCCUGGUCAAAGCCCCGCAAAUGUUGGAGAUGAUCCAAAUAGAAUGGUACAAUCAUCGGCGUCACAAACACAAAUUGGACAUGUCUUCAACAACUAAUAACUCUAUUUUUGCAUUAAGCCAAUCAACUUCACUAGAAACUGUUAGCUGCCUCAAUAUUGCCCUUUCCACAUCGCUUCACACCUGUUUCCCUCUUCUUUGUCUGUUUUUUCCAGCCGCGCCGCCCCAAGUGCUCACUCCCUCAACUUUCAAUCGAUUAAGUUUGAACCCAUAUUCUUGUUUUGAAAAAGAAUACCCAAUAGGAAAAUGGUGCUUUAACUUGUCAGCUCAAUUUCUGAAACUGCGUCAAAAACACACAUCUAUUAGGAAUGUGUUCAACCCCAUUCGUAUAUAUCCUCCUUUAAAGUAACAUGACUUGUACGCCUAAUCCCAGUAAAUUUGCACCAAAUUUAGAAACAAAAAUCAACAAAGCCAAAAAUUGUUUGUGUGUAAAUAUUUGAAAACAAUCAUUUUCUGUUCUAUGUAAAAGUAUAAAUAAAAAUUUUAUUUUC